AUGACCACAACAUUAUCUACUGUUCAAAGAUUACCUCAUUUUAUAAUACAUCAAAUAUUACAUCUAAUUGAUGACAUUGAUAAGAUAUGUUUAGUAUUUACAUGUAAAGAUCUUUUUUAUAGAUUUAAAGAUCGUUUAAUCUUUUGUGCACCUGGUGAUAUAGACUUGGUAAAUGUUGAAAAGAAGAUUCAUUUUAUCAAUACAAUCAAAUACAAAGCAUCUACAUUACGAUCAUUUCAAAAGAGUAUCAAUCGAUCGAUUCUUGAUCGAUUUCAUCUAAUCGAUCCAUUUGAUCAAAGCACUACUGUUGUGGAGGAAGAUCAACAACGAGGAAAUGCUUCACUUUUAGAAAGCAGCAGCAGUGAUGAAUCUUCAUCUUUGGUGGUGGUGGCAGAAGAAUUGAUUUAUAAUUUCGACUUUGAAAUACCUGUCGAUAUAUGGAACAAUCCAAUAACAUCCAACAAGAAUAAUAAUAGUAGUAGUAGUAGAUUGGUAUUUGGUAAAUCAUUCAAUCAACCAAUAAGAAUGGGCUCGAUUGCCAAUCACAUUAGUUCUAUUAUUUUUUCAAAGUACUUUGAUAAACCAAUAGAGUUGGGAGCAUUACCAAGUUCAUUACGUUUUAUAUCGUUUGGUCUCUUUUUUAACCAACCACUACAAGUAGGAGUGUUCCCAGAUGGUCUAGAGAAGAUUGUUUUUGGUCAAAAAUUCAAUCAACCUUUGCCACUUGGAUUACUACCACCCUCACUCAAAUCAAUUACUUUUGGCUUUGGUUUUGAUGUAGAUUUGCUGCCAGGUAUCUUUCCUAGUGGUAUCAAGGAAAUACAGUUUGCAUCAAACUACCAUCGAUCGAUAGCAAGUGGUGUUGUACCUGCUAGUUGCCAACUUCUCAUUUUGGGAAGAAGUUAUCUUUCAAGUAAUUUCAUACCUAAAAGCUUACGAUAUCUUGCAUUUGAUGGUCAUGCCAUCGCAUUGAAUCAACUUCCACAAGACACUAGUGUUCAAUCCAUUACACUUGGACCACGUUUUGACGGUGAGUUGGAUCAUCGAUCCAUUCCACCAUCACUGACCUAUUUGGACAUUGGUGAUGGUUAUGAUGAAAAUACUCUAGAUGGUAUUUUACCUCCUAGUGGUCUCUUGCAUCUAUGUCUUGGAGACUCUUAUACCGAUCCUAUAGACGUUCCACUUCCAUCGACUCUUACCAAAUUGGUUCUCUGUCAUCACAUUGAAAUCGAACCAGACUUUAUUCCUCCUAGUCUCAAAAAGUUGGUUAUUAAAAAUACAGAACCUUCCUUUAUCCAUAACUCGUUGGAGAAUAGUCAAAUAGAACAUCUCUCCUAUUCACUUCCAGAUUUCAUUAAUCCUCUUUUUAUUGGAGAUAUUACUUUUAUUGGAGAGGUUACCUUGCCCAUGUCAUCGAUAUCAGUUUCCUCUACCAAUCAUCUCCCAACCAUCUUUUUACAUGCCUUCAAGAUCAAGGUGGCCAUGCUAGAUUCUUCAGAGAUGGCAUGUGUGACUAAAUUGUCAUUUAGAAAGUUGUCACCUUCAGUCAUCCUCGUACUCACGAAUAGGCUACAAGGAUGUAUUAUCAACAAUCUUGUAGACACUCAAAUAGAUAAAAAAAUGGACCAAAUGGAUAGCGCAGAAUUAAAUACAAUGUGGUACAAAAAAAGACAACAACAGAUAGACAAGCAUCACAAUGAUGGUGAAUUAAUUUGGUUGGUAAAGUGGGUCAAGUGCGUGAGAUCACUCUCAAAAGGGACUAGAUCAUCCACCGAUCGUUCUCAUCCAAUACAAUACAAUACAUACAUUACCUCUUUUCAGCAGGCAGUAGUAGAGUACACAGCCACAAUAGGCCACACCACCACAUUACAACAACAACAACAACAACAACGACAACAACAACAUCUAACUUCGAGUAACACUUAUUCAACUAAUUCCAUUACUUGCACAUCGCCACUUUAUUAUCCAACCCGAUCGAUCGGGUCCAUUCAAGCACAAUCAAUCUCUUCAAGAGAAUUGGUGGGGACAUGGUUUGUCGCAUCAUUCGAGUUAAUUAAAAGUAGUAGUACUCCAACAAAAAAGUCGUCUUCACAACAAAGAAAAAAUAGUCCUACUAGUACUACUCUAAACACUGAAGAUUCUCCAUCAAGAAACCUUGCCUCUUCCUCUUCUUCUUAUUCUUCUUCUUCCUCCACCUCCUCUUCUUCAUCAACUUCAUCAAUACCAACUAUAUCACCAACAUCUUGUUCAUAUAGUGGUGUAUCGACAUCUAAAAAUCCAUCAAUUACUUUCAAAGUACCAUCUUUACCAACAAACAACAACAAGAGUAACGACAACAACAACAACAACAAGAAAAAUAUAAUAUCAAAAGUCAUGACAGUUCAACAACCCUUACAAAACCAAAGGGUUAUACUGAUAGUCAAGAUACCAGAGUUUGGUUUAACCAAAAAGAUUUUAUUCGAUCAAGUAGAGACCAUUCAAGAUGCAGUCCAUUUGAUUAUUGAAAAAUUGCCACCAGGUUCUGUAGAUUUUCAAACAUCAAUCUAUAACAUAUUUUUCCCACAAAAAGGAAAAUGGUGUAAAUUGGAUGAUCCUUUUUCAAAAUAUCAAUUUAAAGAAAAUCAAGAAAUAGAAUUUAAAAGAGAUACAAGAGGUGGAGUUUCACAUUUAAUUACAUCGGUUGGUUCAAUGCUCAAAGCAACUAGAUCGGUUUCUAUUCAUUUACCUGAAAUUAUUCCAGUUGGAUUAAAUUAUAUUCCACCAAUCACUGUACCAACUACUCCAACAUCUGCUAGCAUCAACAGUAACAAUGGAGUUGAUGAAAAUGAAUUAGAAUCAUCUCUAAGACAAUUAAAUAGAUCAUCUAGUUUGAUGCCACCACCCUCAUCAUCAUCGACACCAUUAAAUAAUAAUCAUUCAACAAACACACCACCACUAUCAGGUAACAAUAAUAAUAAUUCACAAUCAAGACAAUCGUCUUCACUCAACUCUUCCAAGGGUAUUCCAGUUCCAAAACUAAAUCUUCAAUCAUUGUCAAAUUCCAACUCUGCUUCCAAUUCACCAAAACUCGAACACCGUAAAUCAUCCUUUUUCCAAAUCAUUGGUCUUUCACCACGUAGUUCACCAAUCACUGUCCAAGGUGAAAAGUCAAGUGGCAGCGAAAGAGCCAUCAACAUUAGCAAUGGUAGUCAAUCAAAUAGCGCUCUUCCAUCGCCAAGAAACGUAUCACCAAGCGUGUCGACGCUUGCAACACCACGCAAUAUUGGAGUAUUUAGUAAAUCAUCUGAUGCUUCUCGUUUAGAGGUAUUUGAUGUCUCUGAAGAGAGUACCAUCAAAGACUUGCUCCACAAGAUCUAUCUCAAAUAUCCACACAUUGAUCGUGACCUUUUGGAUGAUUACAAUCUACAGUACAAAGAAACAGGUGUUUGGAUAUCUGACAGAAACAAGAGUAUUCUAGAUAUUCAAAAGGAGAUUACAGAGGAUUCAUUGGUUUUCAAGAGACAGUAUCAAAAGAUUCGUAUCAUCUUUUUAAAUAGAGAGGUUGUCAUUGCCUUUGAUCCAUCAGACACUAUCAAAGAAAUUACACACAAGUUUAAAUCAACACACCUUCCCAACUUAAUGAAAAUGUACAGAUCUCCUUCAUUGGUUGGUCAAUCAUCUCCUAUGAAUCCCAACAACUCUAACAACAACAACAACAACAACAACAACGGCGGUGGUAAUAAGAGUUUUAGAUCAUCACUUAGUAGUGAUCCAGUUAUCAUUGCUGAUUUUAUUUCAAAUGAAUUACAACUACAACCAUCACAAUUACAAUCACCACACCUACAACAAUUACAACAAACUAGAUCACAAAGAUCAUAUUCUGACAGUAGUCCACUUUCCUUUUCAAGGGGAUCAAUUCCAACCAGUACAUCAACAGCCACAUCAUCUUUUACCAACACCACUGUAAAUUCAACAACCGAACAAAUUAUAGAUUCCAUCAAACAUCGAAAGAAUACUGUACAUUCAUUACAAUCGGCAUAUAAUAACCAAAACCACAACAACAACAACAAUACUAACACGAUACAUGGAAAUAAUUUGACGGCACCCGAUGAGUUUAAAGAUUUUAGAUUCUAUCUUUGUACAAAACAAUCAAAUCCAAAUAUUCAACAUCGUUACGAUUAUCAAUUGGAAGAGGAUCGUACACUUGCUUCUUUUAAUUUUUGGAACAAUGUUAAAUUAUAUUUUAAAAAUUCAAUUAAUAAUAAUAAUACUAAUAAUCCAACAACACCAACAAUUGUAUCACCCACUCCAUCAUCAUCAUCUUCAACACCAAGUACACCAACUAUUCCAACAUCAUUACAACUAUACACUAAAACUAAAAUACAAAGAGCUCAAUGUCCUUUUUAUCUUACCGUAGAAGCUUCCCAACCAUUUAGUUGUCAAUAUAUCAUUGAAGUUGAAUCAAAUGCAAGAAUUAUCGAUGUUUACAAUACUUUUACUCAUUUAUUAUCUUCAAAUUUAUUGAUUAAAAUUAAUGAUUCAUUAGAAGAAUAUGGUAUAUUUUUAGAUACCAAAGAAGAAUCAUCAUCAAAGGAUGGUAUAGAGUAUGGUGCAUAUCCAUCGACUCUUCCACAAUCUUUGGAUGCAUCGAUUAGUCUAACUGUACCCUCCAUUUUGGUACAUGCCAAACAACUAUUAAAGAAAAUAGAUGGUUUCAACGCUGAAGGACUAUUUAGAUUGUCGGCACCAGAUGUAAAUGUACAUAGCAUUGCUUCACAUGUCUAUCAACUAUCAAAUAGUACCACCACCACCACCAAUGUCAAUAGUAGUAAUAAUCUUAUCAUUGAUGCACAUUCUAUAGCAAGUUUUGUGAAACGUUGGUAUAUGAGACUUCCCGAUAAAUUAUGCGCACACUUGGAUGACGAAGUUCUAAAGAGAGCCACCCAAAGUGAAGAGGAAGCCUUGUACACUGUCAAGCAAUUGAUAUACGAACCAAAUAGAUCACUGCUCAUGUGGAUCGCUCAUUUAUUGGCCGAUGUCGCUCAAUGUGCACAUUCAAACAAAAUGAGUGCCAAGAGUCUUGCCAUUGUCGCUGCACCCAUCCUUUUGGCCAACGAUCAAACCGGUGUUGGUGGUCUCGAGAGACAUCAACAAGCCACAUUUUUCCUCUUACAUCUCAUCAAAUAUUCAUUGCGCGAACGUGGUUUUAUCUUUGGCGAGUCACAUACUUCAUCACUUUCAAAUACCUCUUCAUUUAUUUCUACAACUGGUUCUGCAUCUCCUUUAACUUCUUCUCUAAUGUCUCGGUCACCUUCCCUUACUGAUAUAAGUGAAGAUAUACAAUAA